AGCUCGAGUUCAGAGCAAAACAAUUAUUAUAUCAGUUAAUUAAUUAGUAAUUUAUAGUGAUUUUGAACGUUUAAGCGAAAAGUGAACAACAGUUAUGAACCGCAAAGAAUGGAGAAAGCUUCUGAAAAAAGUUCGUCGUAAAAGGAUCCGCCAGAAGUUGGCCCAAGCGCGGGAUAGUGCCGCAGCCGAAUCGGAAGCGCUCAGGUUAGUAGAUCCCAACUAUGUUCUGUAUUUGCGCGAAAAGGAACAACUGGAACAGGAUGCUCUCGAGCAGGAGGAAGAACGCCGACGUUAUGAGAACGCCCUCUGGCUGGACCGAGAGCGAGAAGCUCAGGCCGCUUUUGCCGAAAAGCGCCGGAAGUUGGAGGAAGAACAGCGGGAAGAGAACGAGAAACGGGAUCGGAUAAGGAAAGAGUUUGAAGAGAUGGAGAGGAAGGCUAAAGCUGCGAAGGCGGAGCGGGAGCGCUUGAUGGAAGAAUACCGCAAGAAGCAACAGGAACGGGAACGGAUGUUUGCUGAGUACUUGGUGGGCAUAGAUGACCAUUUAGAGGUGCUGCGUGAAUCCAGUCAUUCGAGACCGGAUCGGAAUCCGUGCGUAUUUUUUGGAAAAGUCGGGGCUUGUCGGUACGGCGCCAGAUGUUCAUCAGAUCACCCAACUCCUGGAAUUAGCGAGCUGCUGCUUAUGCCGAACUUUUUCGCCCAUCCCGCACUGGACCAUCAGCAGCAUCCGGAAUACGGACUGGACUCAAGCAUAGAAUUCGACGACGAUGAACUGUAUCGCUGUUUUACGGAAUUCUUCAUGGAUAUAAUUGAAGAAUUUGAAUCAUUCGGUUCGAUUAAUGGGAUAUUUGUUACUCGCAACUACGAGCCACAUCUGAGAGGAAAUGUCUACGUGCAGUACGAGAAAAUAAGGGAUGCCGCGAAAGCGUAUCAACGAAUGAACGGACGCUUCUACGCAUCGAAACAGCUCCGCGUGGAAUUUCGGUCACCUAUCGUCUGGACUGCAGCCGUCUGUGGACUCUUUGAGAGAUCUCGCUGUCAGAAGGGUAAAUCCUGCAAUUACCUGCAUCUGCUGGUGAAUCCAGUGGCCAAGUAUCGAUACAACCACUUCAAAGAGCUGCAAUCUGUCAGGCAAUCGCAGAGACAGUCUCAGCGUUCGCAGCUUAUAGAAAGGUCGUGGGACGACAUUGAUGUGCCACUCCAACAGAGGACCAACUGGCGUUGGUCUGAAACGCCCGAAAUCGAACGGCCGUCUCGUGGAUCCAGAUUGAUUUCGAGCCCGACUUCGACAUCGGAACGCCACAAAAAUCGCUCUCGCAGUCGAGAAUCCAGCCGUUCGAAUGAACGUAGGUCGUCCAGAAGCCGACAUUCGAAACCCAAAAGCCGAAGUCGAUCAAGGCACCGAUCACGUGAACGUCGGAAAGAGAAGCGGAAACCACACAGUCGGAGCCGUAGUCGAUCGAGGGAAAGAAAGAAAAGCAAGAAAAGGGUGAAAAGGAGUAGGUCGAGGAGCAGGGAAUCAAGAGCUAGUCGAGAGAGGUCAGAAAGAAAGUCUUCUAAACGAAGGAAUUAAUUUUGUAUAUACUCUAUAAAAUUAGUAAUUAUUAGCAAAACUGAAAUUUGCUUCAAAAACUUUUCUUUAUUGAGAAACCUUUUUCGUGGUACGAGGUUUUAUGAAGAUUCUAAAAAUCUAAAAGACAUUUAUUUGUCCAAGAAGAAACCACUGUUCAAACCUCUUGUUUGACUGGAUCGAAUUUUAUUAGUGUCGAACUGAUUUUGUUUCUUGAGUUCUUUUCUUGUCAAAUAUUUGACGCCCGUGGCGUAGUGGCUACACGUUUGUUUCAUAAGCAGAUGGUCAUGGGUUCGAUCCCAGCCCCGGCACUUUCGUCAGUUGCUCUUUCCCCCUGGGAGCAGCUGACACUGACCCUCUUCUGAGCCCAUGGCUCAAAUGAACCCGGAUACUUGGACAUCGGCGAACGGCAACCCAUAAUGGACCCCCAAUCGGACUGCAAACAGGAACAACCAACAGCCACACAUCAACAUCCUCGUGCUCAUCAUUCUACCAUGAUAGGGUAGAAAGUGAAGGCAGCGCAACGGGAACCAGUUCG